UGUGCGCCUCGCGGACAGAGAAACGCCGCCGUUACCGUGGCGCCCGCGCUCGUGCGAGGAUUUCCGCUAGAUUCGGGAUGUUCCGGUGCCUCGGAGGGGUCACAGACAGUCCGAUAGACGCUGCUGACGGGACUCCAGAGAACCUCAGAGGAACGCAGGCACGAGCUGGAAGCACAGCGAGCUGGAGGGGACAAUGAUGCCGUUCUUCCCGUUGAGGAAACUCAAGCGAAACGGGAAGUACCUGCUGCUCGGGGCGCUGCUGGUGGUCGUGGGGGUCGCGGCGUAUCUCGAAUACGUGGCCAUGAACACGUGGGAUAAUGUCGAUGACGGUCAGCAGAAGGACCAAACAGCCUGCGCAAAGGCUGCGUUUGGGUCACAGAACAGAGACCACCUUUCUAACCAGGACAUCGUCUGGUCAUCCAAAUACGUCCCUCAACCCUGGAGGCAGGAGUAUGAAGGACGAGUGAACCUUCACGUCUUUGAGGACUGGUGUGGAACCUCCGUCGCAAGCCUCAGAAAGAACCCGCACUAUCCACUCUACCCUCACUCUCGUAUCACAGUGAAGAAACUCGCCGUGUAUCCCAACUGGAAGAAUUACGGCCUCAGGAUCUUCGGCUACAUCCACCCGUUCACCAGCGGCGAGUUUCUUUUCGCAGUGGCGUCUACUGAUAACUGUGAGUUCUGGCUGAGUCAGGAUGAGAACCCGGAGAACCUGCGACUCCGUGCUCAUGUUGGAAAGAGUGGUGAGGAAUGGACCGCUCCGGGGGAAUACAGCAAAUACACCAGCCAGAUAUCCAAACCUGUCCUACUUCGGCAGCAGAAGAGGUUUUACUUUGAGCUGAUCCACAAACACGACAAUCACGGCACCGACCACGUGGAAGUUGCAUGGAGACUCAAUAAAGCUGGAAUGCAGUUUGAACUUAUUGACUCCAACUCGUUGUCUCUUUAUACAGUCGAGUCCUCGCUGAAGAUGAGUGAUGUCAGUCACAUUCCUCAGACGGUUGCUAGUCACGUAGCCCUGCCUCUGGAAAAGACACAAGUUCCACACCACGGGGCAGAGAUGCUGAGAGAAGACCCUCGUGACACCUUUUUUAAAAUGCCUUUAUUGGAUAAGUUCCGAUUAUGGAGCGUGCUACCAGAAUGUUCCUAUAAUCCCAGUUACACGGUUAAAGACGGUCCGAUCGGCCGAUAUCAGGGUCUGCAGUUUGUCCGCUUGUCUUAUGUUUACCCCAAUGACUACACACGGCUCACACACAUGGAGCGCGACAACAUGUGUUUCUACCAGUUGAAACCAUUCUAUUUUGAAAUGUACGGCUUUUCACAUCACAUGAGACUGGACCGAGCUGAGGAGAAGGACCUGGUGUUCAGAGACAUCGGUGAUUACAGGGAGGGAUGGAAGGAUUUCAGAAUGAGGGGGCGAGCAGGGCAGGUCAAAUCUGAAAUGCAGGACAAGGAGGAAUUUGACUACCAGGAUGACUACAUGCAGCACCCACAGAGGAAACUCUUCUCUAACUCACUGGACAUGAAGAGCCUGAGAAGAAGAAAGAGAACAGAUGAACAAGAUAUGAACAGGAUAGAGAUAAAACAGCAGGCGGUUCCGGCACCUGAUAAUGACUCCGAGAGAGUGAACCAACAUAAACGUCAAAAACAAAACAAAAUGGCUAACAAGAACCAACAUAAACUGCAAAACCAAAACAAAAUGGCCGACGAGACCCAACAUAAACUGCAAAACCAAAACAAAAUGGCUGCUGAGACCCAACAUAACCUGCAAAACCAAAACAAAAUGGCUGCCGAGACCCAACAUAACCUGCAAAACCAAAACAAAAUGGCUGCCGAGACCCAACAUAACCUGCAAAACCAAAACAAAAUGGCUGCUGAGACCCAACAUAACCUGCAAAACCAAAACAAAAUGGCUGCCGAGACCCAACAUAACCUGCAAAACCAAAACAAAAUGGCUGCCGAGACCCAACAUAACCUGCAAAACCAAAACAAAAUGGCUGCCGAGACCCAACAUAACCUGCAAAACCAAAACAAAAUGGCUGCCGAGACCCAACAUAACCUGCAAAACCAAAACAAAAUGGCUGCUGAGACCCAACAUAACCUGCAAAACCAAAACAAAAUGGCUGCCGAGACCCAACAUAACCUGCAAAACCAAAACAAAAUGGCUGCCGAGACCCAACAUAACCUGCAAAACCAAAACAAAAUGGCUGCCGAGACCCAACAUAACCUGCAAAACCAAAACAAAAUGGCUGCCGAGACCCAACAUAACCUGCAAAACCAAAACAAAAUGGCUGCCGAGACCCAACAUAACCUGCAAAACCAAAACAAAAUGGCCGACGAGACCCAACAUAACCUGCAAAACCAAAACAAAAUGGCAGACGAGAGCCACCAAUAUGGAUGGAAGGAUGAAGUUCCUGGUCAGAAAGAAGGUAAAGAACCUUUUGGUCAGAUGAAUCAUAUGAAGCCAGAAGAUAAAGCUCCAGUCCAGGAUAAGAGCUCAGAAGCAAAACCGCAUGUUACUAACAGACCAAGAAAUUACACGGGGGAUAUUUUUCUUUCCACGUCAUUGGACGAGAACACCCAUCUUCAUAAAGAUGGUUCCAUCAAUCAGAAAGGUGCUCAAGGAAUCACUCAGAGGAAAGGUGAAGACUUUGGGAAAAUGGAUGGAGUCAAAACGGAUCAAGACCUCGCUGAUGUCGGCGCAGACCUGUGGGGGCUGACCAGAGACUCGGAGAUUGAGGACGAGAUCAUGAGCCAGGCUGCAUAUGACCCUGAGAUCAGAUGGAAUCAGACGUUUCACAGUGGUCAGACAGACUUUCAGACGCUGAGAACUGAUUGGAUAGACCUGAACUGUAACGUGAGUGGAAAUCUGCUGAUCAGCCAAUCAGAGGUGACGGCUGUGGUGCAGGCUUUUAUGGAGAAACUCAGGGUGAAAUAUCCCGGUCAGUUCUCUCUGCAGCGUGUAGUAAAUGUAGUGAAGCGAGCGGAUGAGCGUCGGGGGAAUCGUUAUCUCCUGGAGUUGGAGCUGAUGGAGGCCUCAGGAGCUCGAGUUCGUCUCGUUCACUACGUCUACGUGCUGAAGAUGAGGAACAUCCAGAGUGUGAACACAGAGCAGAUGCUGCUGUGUAACCCACACAACUUCCUGUGGAACCCUGACGCUACUAUUCACAUCAUCAUACCAGUGAAGAACCAGGCUCGGUGGGUGCAGAAGUUCAUUGCGGACAUGGAGGAGCUUCACCAGGUCACAGGAGACAAUAAUGUUAACAUCAUCAUCACCGAUUAUUCCAGCACUGAUAUGGACAUAGAACAAGCUCUGAAGGACUCUCGCCUCCCUAAGUCUCAGUAUCUAAGACUGACGGGAAACUUUGAGAGAUCAGCAGGUCUUCAGGCCGGAAUCAACCUAAUAACAGAUAAUCACAGCAUUGUGUUUCUGUGUGACCUGCACCUCCACUUCCCACCCAGUUUCUUCGAGUCCGUGAGGAAACACUGCGUCGAAGGACACAUGGCGUUCGCUCCGUUAGUGAUGAGGCUGAACUGCGGAGCGACGCCUCAGGAACCCGACGGUUACUGGGAGGUGAACGGUUUUGGUUUGCUGGGUAUUUAUAAAUCUGACCUGGACGCUAUCGGAGGCAUGAACACCAGAGAAUUCACGAACCGCUGGGGAGGAGAGGACUGGGAACUCCUGGACAGGUGGGACGUUACACCGUGACCGACUUUAACGACCUCGGAUCAUUGAGGCGGGGUUGGAGGUCGAGCGUCUUCACUUGAGGAAUUUCUUCCACUACCACCACUCCAGACGCGGCAUGUGGAACCGCAAGACACUGUACAGAAUGUAGAUCUGGCAACCCUACGUCGUCCUCAAGAACAACUCACUGUGCACUUUAACCAGCCUUCACCCUCAGCCUUCGUGCGUUCUGACUGCAGGCGUGUCACACUGUUGUGGGUGGAGCCAUGGGGCUACGCUGAGGUUUGCUUGAUCGAUCCUCACUGGCUGUCACUCACAUGGCGCAGGUCCGGAUGAAGUCCUCAGGAGGAUCAAACGGUUACUACUAAUGAUGAACGAGUGAUGCGACAAAGUCAGACUUUUUGAAACCGAGAGUUUAAGAGUCGAAGAAUUUUUAAUGAGUGUCUUAAGUUUUUUACCUACCGCGAGCCGUACUCGGACUUGAGAUACGCACGCGUAGUGGGAAUUUAAUACCGAAAUCAGUCAGACCACAGAACUUGCAUGAAAGUUGUACACUUUCCUGAGGGUGGUGGAGCUUGUCUAAAACGGGGGCGUCUCCCCUGCGGGAUUUCGGCUCGAGUGAGGAGCAGUGUUACGUCCAGGAGUUUGACAUUUCUUUUGAUGUUAACACAAUACGUCAUGCUGAAACGUCCACUCAAAAAUAUGAUUCGAGGAUGAUAUUAAAUACCUAAAUCUAAAUAUAUAUAUACACAACACUAGUAAUUAAUUUACAGUAUCAUCUCUUUAAAGUCCCGAGGACAUCGCCGGGGACGCACGGGUCAUCUGGAGGAGUGAAUAUUUUCUGGGAUAAAUGAUGAACGAAGUUAAGGAAGUUUGCUGUGAGCAUAUAACGGACGAGUGCCUGGUCAGCUUAUCCUUCAGACCCCGGGCGCGUUUUCUUUACGGCGAGCAAACGCAAAACUGACGUUCCAGUUUAUCGAUUUGACAAAUCACUUCCAGUCAAGAAAAACCUGCUAGCCUUGGAGGUGUGAGCUACACGCAGAUGAUCGUAAUAACCCGAACGUGGAGCUCAGAAGAGCUGCGAAACCCGUCUCUGAAUACGUGCAGCUUUCCCGCUGAAAUAUCUGCACGGGUUUCGCCGACCGUGUGUCCCUCUCGCUCGUCACAGUUCUGAAAGUUGUGUAGCAUCGGUGCAGCUCAUUCUCAGGACGACCGAAGAGGUCGAUUUCUUCGGUUUGAGGAAAGAGCACGUCUUCGUCAGGACCGGGUUGAGCUCGGUGUAUAGCGGAGCGAUCUUCCUGCGGCGUGUUCACGCGCUCGCCGUGGUUUGAUUCAGAGGCUCGGUGGUUCACGGCUUGUUUUAUGUUGAACUGUAAAGGAGUGCGUUCGUCACUGUAUGAGGAAAUGUGUGCUCAGGAAAAUGAAACCACGUCAACUCAAAACUGCCUUUUAUUUUUCAUUCUAAACAGCGUAAAGAAAUGUGACAAUCACUUAUCAGAAGUUAUUACCCAGGAUGCAAUGUUUUUAUGCUAAUUUAUAUCCCGCCUUUUUAUAUAUGAGAGAAAAGAAGCAGGGGUUGAUGUUCUGUCAUUUGUGUAUAUAUGUGUGUGUGUGUGUAUAUAUGUGUAUAUAUAUAUAUAUAUAUGUGUGUGUGUGUGUGUGUGUACAUACACACACAUAUAAUAUGGAGUAAUAUUUUUUGCCUGUGGGGUUUGGAUAUAAUGUUUUUAAAUUUGCGAGUUGCUCUGCUGUCGUCGGAGUUUGUACUGAAAAUACUUCAAAUCUUUUUACAUAAAUUAAAAUCCUUUUUAAAAUGACUAAAUAUUUUGCCAGCACCAAAUUUCUGAAUUUCAAAUGCAAAUUCAUGUAAAUUCAUAUUAAAAAUCUGAUUCGGCGAUGUGAACACUGUGUAUUAUAUUUGUAUACAACGAUCCAUUUUAAUAUAAAUUUCAUUUGAAUCUGAAAACUCAACAUUGGAGAUGAAAAUUUCGUUCAUCUGAUUAUUUUUUUUAAAUGAAAAUGUCCUUCUGUUAAAUUAAUUUGAUAACUUUACACAUUUAUUUGCUUCAGCUUUAGUAAAUCUCCCGUUGGGGGGUCACUAAAGUAUCGAAUUCCAUUUCAAAACCUUUUAAAAGGAGAAGAAAAAGAAGUAGAAGAGAAAAAAACUCCACGAAUGAUUUUGGGUUUAAGGGAUUUUGCUGCUCUUCGGUCAUAAAUGACUUUUCUUUCAUUAUUUUUAUUUUUAUAAAUGUAUGUCUUUAUAUAUUUGUAUAUACUGUACUGUAUGUUUGAAGGUCUGUUCUAAUUUUUUUUACUUGAAUUAAAAACAAUACCUGAUUUAAAA